AUGGGUGCCUCUGAAAGCACUGAAAGAUUAAACGGGACGAAGAACAAGGGUAAAGAGGAGCUUCGGCAAGAAUCCGAUGGAGGUUCCACUUCCAUCGGAGUUGCAACGACCAUUGCGGUAGCUGCUGCUGGCGUUGCUGUUGCUGCUUGGGGCAUUGCUAGCCUGCUUUCCGACAACACAGACUCCAAAAAAUCAGCGGCAAAGAUGAUGAAGGCUCCUGGUAGAUCUACUAUGAUACCAAGGGAUAAGUUUGAAGCUGACCCUAAGGGAUAUCUCCAAAAGCUAUCUGAACCCGACCUUCUGCUCUCAAAUCCUUGCCUCAAAUGGGCACCGGAGGUCGGAAGAUCGUAG